AACUUCCACUUUUCUUUGUACUGAAAAAUUAAGCAGAACCCAUGCGCUGUGGGAGGCCGUUUAAGCGAAGCUUUCUGUGGUGUUUGCGAGAAACGCUGUUUCUAGUUCAGCCACCAUUCCUGAACAUCUUUAGCUCGCGGCGAAGUCGGACGCGUUUUCACCGAGAUACGCCUCGCUCAACGUAAACUUUGGGCGGACCGACAUCGCAGACACGACUGGCAGGAAGCAGACUUGUGUGGACUUGCACAGCCAUGGAAAGGCCGGGAAGACCCUACACGGGUUCGGCGGAGUCUGCUCAGUCGGCAAGCGCGGAACUUCUGCCACCAGUUGAGACAGUGUGUAAACAACUUGAUGCCAACCUUGCUGCAAGCUCAGCGUUGAAGGUCUAUCUACGCAUUCGACCUAGAAUUGGAGGCAGGUCAUUCACAAAUCCUGCAUUCCAGCCAUGUGAUGAUACAACUGUUGAAUCCACAACUGCGACUCUGGAACACCAGCAUCAAAAACGCUUUACUUUUACAAAGGUGUUUCCAGAGGGCAGCAGCCAGGAGCAGCUGUUUAUGGAGGCUGUACGAAAUCCAGUGGAUGCCUUUGUGAAUGGAGCCAAUGUGCUGCUCUUUGCAUAUGGUCCCACUGCUGGGGGCAAAACGUACACUAUGCAGGGUCCGCCCACUGACCCAGGAGUGGUGCCUCGCACUCUUGACAGACUAUUCAAGCUGCUUGGACCUCAGGUGUGCAAGGGUGCACCAGUCCGCCCGGACUGCUUUGACGACAUUGUCUCGCUCAGUGCAGACGAGGAGGCCUCGGUGCUCUUGCAGAAAGCUAAAUUGUUGGGUGAGAAGGGAGCCCGCAGUGCUGCAGACUUCAGCACCUUCCAUCUGCCUGCUAAUGACAGUGAUGGGUCACUGUUCCUGUCACGUAGCAGUGACGGUGGCUAUGGUGAGAACGCACAGGCACUGCUGUGGCUUUCCUUCUAUGAAAUUUACAAUGAGGGCAUCUAUGACCUGCUGUUGCCAUCAGCUGAGGCAGCCUCAAAGAAAAAAGGGGGCCAGCGACGUACCAUUCUCAAGUUGGGUGAAGACCGGGCCAAACGUGCAUUUGUGCGUGGGCUUGUCGAAGUGCCUGUGCACUCGGCCGAUGAAGCGCAUCGGCUGCUCUGCCUGGCACGCGAGAACCAGACCUUUGCCGAGACGCAGCUGAACCGCAGCUCGAGCCGUAGCCACUGCGUCUUCACUGUGCGACUCGUAGCCUCUGGGGUGGACAGCCGGGAUGGUAGCCGGAACUGGCAUGUCAGCACGUUAAUGCUCUGCGACCUGGCGGGUUCGGAGAGGCCAUCCAAAGCUGGUACUGAUGGGUCACGGCUUCGCGAAGCUGGCCGCAUCAACACCUCUCUGAUGGUGCUCAGCCGCUGCCUGGAGGGCUUGCGUAACAACAAGGAUGCAUCCAGGAAGGCUCCAGUGCCCUUCCGAGAGAGCAAGCUCACCCAGGUGAUGCAGGCCUACUUCACUACACGUGGGCAAGUCUCUCUGGUAGUCAACAUCUGCCCAGCCAUGUCCAUGCUUGAGGAGUCGCUGAAUGCGCUUAAGUUCUCGGCUGUUGCCAUUGAAGUGGUGCCAUUGCAGCUGGAAUCGCGCCAUGUUCGCUGCAAAGAGGCUGUUCGUCGGCUCACUGAGCGGUGGCACCAUGCAAGUGGAGGUGAAGGGCUUCAUGUUGGUUCCCUUGCACCAAAUAUGGCCGAGGACGUAGCAGCACCUGCGGCCUUGGAUGCAGAUGAGGCUGAGGAGCUCUUCGAGACCAUCGAGGCACUCGAGCGGGACCUGGAGGACACCCGAGGCCAGCUCAAGUGGGCACAGAAGAUGGCUGCUGCAAACGAAGCCCAAGUCAAUGACUACAAGGACCUGGUGAAACAGUUGGAGCAGGAGCUGCGCAAGCAGCGCGAUAGUGCUGACCGGGAGAUGGCAAUUCGCGUCCGCAAUGCCUGCGAGAUCACACGGCUUGAUCUCUACCGCCGGGCUGAGCGAGGCUCAACUAUGGACCUACUGGGGAAGCUCGAAGAAGCGCAGUGCCGAAUUGCUAAACUUGAGGAGCUGAACGCACAGGCUGUGCACGAUGUCUCAGUGGCUGAAGAGCGCCACCCUCCUGCACCCACAACAGUUGAGGUGGAAACACAGACUGAGGAAUUUGGCGAUGGACCUCCAGCAGCUGCCACACUGAAAGCACAGGCUCGACUCUCUGAAGUAGAAAGCGAGCUGCGUGACCUUCGCAGCCACCUCGAAGAGUCACAGUCUCGCUUGGUCGAUGAGAUGCAUGCCCGCAAGGAUGCUGAGGUUUCGGCCGAACGAGCUCUCGAACAGCUGAACGACGUCCAGCAAAAACUCGCAAUGCAGGAGGCUGAGCAGGAGGGCUUAGCACGGCAUCUGGAAGAGCUACAACAUGCCAAUGACCACAUGCAGCAGAUGGCUGCAGAGUCUAACUGCAAGAUUGAGCAGAUGCUUCGCGACAUGCAAGAGCGUGAACUUGCCUUGGAUGUGCUGAGAGAGCAGCUUGACGACAGGACCGAGGCCUUCAGUGUUGCUGAGCAGAGAGCACGUGCCAGCGAAGAUGAAGCCAAAAAGGAGGCUGCGCUGAGAGCAUCUGCAGAAAAGCAAAGCAGUGCCAUUGCCAAGGAACUUGAGAAGGCCCGCAGGUUGGCUCAGAGCAUGGCAGAAUCUCGGCAAGAGGCUGAGUUGUGCUUAAAGGCAGUGCAAGAUGACCUCCAAAGCUGUCGCAAGGAGCUGCUGGCCAGUGAGCAGUCGCACCAAGCUGCCAUGGCAUCCAUGGAAGCAAAGGAGGAAGAGCUCUCUAGCUUGCGCCAGGCUCUCAAGUCGGCCACUGCCACUGAGAAGAAUGUAGAGGAAGAGGAGGCCAAUGAAAACUGCCCACGUCGCACUCGUCGCACAACGCGAAACACCCGGCGUACAACUCGAGCCACUCGGGCAAAGGCUCGGUCAGUGGCACCAUCAGAGCCAUCGGACAGUGAAGCGGACUUCAAGACUCCAGUCCGCACCCCACGUGCACGUCGCACAAAGAAGUCUGCGGUGCCUCCGGAGGACCUACUGGAGGAGGAGGACUCAAAGGACCGUGCUGUCUUGGCUGAUGACAAUGCAGAAUCAUCGCCGCUGAAACGUCUUGGCAACUUUGUAGCUGGCAUGCUUUCCCGGGGCCCGACUAGCAGUGUGACCACAAGCACACGCAAUCGACGCCAGCUACUCUCCACGGAUGCCGACUUUGUGGAGUGUGAUGAACAGCAGCCAUCCGCUACACGGAGGACAAAUGCACGGAGGCAGGCCAAGCAAUGACUCAAAAGAAGAAACAGCUGCUUCUAAAAGCAUUUUAAACAAAUUUUAGUGAUUGACAUGCAUGUUAAUAUAGUUCACACAGUAUAAUGCAUGCACCAGCAGGGCAGAGUCAUCCCACACCAGCAGGGCAGAGUCUGAGCUGAACCUGGGGGCACCAACCAGUUGGGUCAGCCCUUGCAUUGUAAAAUUUUAGCCGGGCUUGUUGGUUUAACAUGUAGCAAACAGCGUGAAAAGUGGACACUAUUAAGGGGACAGAUGACACGGGUGCUGCCCCUUAAAUCUUUUCUAAUUUUUUCGCUGUUUGCCAUAUUAUGUUCUUGCAUUGUGUUCAUUGUAUAUAGUCCAUGUAAUUGCUUUAACAUGCCAUAUUUUUAUUUAACAUUUCAAUGCAGUUUUUUAGCCAUGUGUUCCUUCAUUGCUUGUUACAUGCAGUUAGUAGCCACAGAUAUCUGUCGACCUCCUCAAUGACUGUAAUUGCAAGAAAAUGCAUGCCUGUGGAUUGUUGUUCUGAGAAACAUGCUUCUAUGAAGAACAACAUAGAGGGCAACUUUUGCAAGAAUCGCUUAUUUUUUUAAACCGGACACAUUUAAACCUGACACUAAACCUGAGGCCAGUUUUGUGUGCGAAAUAAAAGAAUUCGUAUUGGCUCGUG